AUGUAUUCAGGCAGGUGGAUUAUUCUUUUAGCCCUGUGGUUUACGUCUGUUGUCUCAAGUGAAGGAGUCUGUAAGAGACAUGAAGUCAGCGCUGCUCUUGGCUCUUCUGUGGUCUUGCCCUGCAACUUUUUAUCAAAUGACUCCAGCUGGGUUGAAUGGACUCAGGCUAAGGAAGAUGGACAAAAUGUGGACCUGGUUCGUCUCUCAUCUAAGGGACGCAUUCUUUACCUGAACCCCAGAUCUGGGCGAGUGAAAACCUUUCCCAUCCAGGCUUCAGAGAGGAAUUACUCUAUCGUCAUUGAUGAGCUCCAAAACUCUGAUAUAGGUUCUUACUACUGCAAGCAGAGCGAUGAAUGCUUUGAAGUGAAGUUGUCCAAAGACGGAUGUUUUAAAACUCAAGAAAUCAGAUCUCCACUUGGCUCUUCUGUGGUCUUGCCCUGCAAGUUUUCAUCAAAUGACUCCAGCUGGAUUAAAUGGACUCAGGCUAAGGAAGAUGGACAAAAUGUGGACCUGGUUCGUCUCUCAUCUAAGGGGCGCAUUGUUUACCUGAACCCCAGAUCUGGGCGAGUGAAAACCUUUCCCCUCCAGGCUUCAGAGAGGAAAUACUCUAUUGUCAUUGAUGAGCUCCAAAACUCUGAUUUGGGUUCUUACUACUGCGAGGACAGCGAUGAAUGCUUUGAAGUUCAAGUGAAGUUGCCAGUGGACAAAGAUGCGGACGUUUCACCACUGAGAUACGUUUUCAUUGGCCUGUCUGCUCUCCUUUUUCUGAGUGCUGUUGUCUACUUCAUAAAAUGGUUCUGUAACAACAACACGCAGGACAGCACUGCCCAUCCAUCAGUAGAAAUGUAACGGGUAAUUUGAGAUCCAAUGGCCCUCUUGUCUUAUCUGGUCACAUUAGUUACUUAAGUUACACAAUCUUCAUGGUCGCAGUCUUCUUCAUAUUGUUAGCACCAUCCUCUUCAAUUCUUGUAGCUUUCCAAACUAAAAAAUCUUCACAGUAUUAAACACUGACUAUGUUAAUUUUCCAAAUGAAGUAAUGCUAAAGUAUGAACAUGUGGUAAAAACAUGUCAUAAGGUAAGGUAAAUAUGUUUAUACAAAUGUACAAUGUUUUCUUGAAAAAUCCUACAUAUUACUGUUAACUAAACAAAGUUAUCCUGCCAGGAGUUUAUUUUAAAAUGAAGGCUACUGCUCUGGAUUUGGUUGGAGUAUUUUGUUUGAUGGCUCCUCCCUUCACCUGCUGAAUUCAUUUUUGAUGUAAUAUU